AUGACGGAUCCUGAACUAUCAAUCGCUAUCCGUGGCAGAUUAAUUGCGCAUGCCCAACAAAUUCUUUUCCGGUACAGCAGCAGAAGCAGCGUGGUGUGUCUGGUCAAAGUGAAGCAACUACAGCGUGGAAAGAUCAUAAGCCAUGAUGCCACCCUAGAUGAUCUCACUAACGAUGACGAUGAUAACGCCCCUGCAGAUUGUACAGUUCGGGGCACUAUAGUUGGCGUUUUUGAAGUGGACCCAUACUUGGCGUGUCCCAAGUCGACUUGCAAUAACAAAAAACUAAUAACAAUAGAAAAGAAAGGGACAUUAGCCAUGCAUUGCCCGACAUGUUCACUCCAAUGCAGAGGAAGCUCAUCAAGCUGGUUCGCCAGGGCAUCUGUUUUUUUUGAGUCCGAUGACGGAACCACCAAAAAAGUUCAAAUCUUCAAGCCAGAGCUCAUUAAGAUGCUUUCCGCAAAAAAUAUGGAACCUGAAACAGGACUGGAUCGCACGGAACUAUUGGACACGAUGAUGAAAUUAAUUCCGAUUGAUAUAAAGUGCCAUAUUGAAAACAAUAUUAUCAAGAAUCUCGUUUGCAAACGCCCCCUACAACCAACUAGUGCCACAGAAGUGUGUCUGUGAAACUUCCAUACCUUUAACCACCGUUCACAUUUUAUAUGUAAAGUGCUAGUAGAUUUGCUUAGAUUUUUUGCUUUUUGCUUUUUAUAAAACAUUUUGUAUCACUUGUUUCAAUUGAUUAGAAAGCAUAUUGUACAUCGUUUAACAAAGUUUCUGUCAGAUCCGUAAGUUUUUGCAAUAUAAGAUUAUUGCCUUUCUGUAUAUCUUAUAUCACUAGGAGUACAUCUUUGUGUUUUAAUGUAAAGUGCUGGUAGAUUUGCUUAGAUUUUUUGAUUUUUAUUAGUCUUUUUGUACCAUUUGUUUCAAUUGCUUAGAAAGCAUGUUGUAGAUCGUUUAAUGAUGUAUUUUUUCUGUUGCAUAAAUAUUUUGCAAUUUCAAUGAUUUAAGAUAUUUUUACAAAGUAUUAAAAUAUUGCCCACACUGAUAUUGAAAAGUGGGUACAAUUUUCCAAAUUAAAGGAUGGGUCUAAAUUAUAGGAAUAAUCCAUUUACAGUGGUUUCUUUAAAGAAAACAUCUGGUACAAGUUGAUUACAUCAUACUUAUAAUUCGUUAAUACAUUAUACAUUUUACUGAUGCAUCCAUAUAUAAUAGGCCUAUACACAUUUUAGUACCUAAAAGCCAUUGUACAGUUAUUUAAAUUACACUGUAUGUAUCUUUCAUACAACUUUUUCUACCACUUCCAUAUCUUGAAAUUGUUCAUUUUAUCAAUAAAUACAUUAUACACCAUUUAAAUAGUUUGUCUCAAGUUUCUGAAGAAAACAAAAUCCUGCCUGUAUUUUAUUUUAAACUUGCUGAUCUAGCUAUGGUACCCCAAUGACUCCUUUACAGUACAAAAUUAGAUAAUUUACCUAUACAUGAAACUACAGUAUUCAUGGUAAUACAUGUAUAUAUGUUAACAAAUCUGCUUAUGUAAACUCCUGGAAAAUUCCUGACAGCUUAUACACCGUAAAUUAAUGUUCAGUUGUUCCAACGUUCUUUUAAUAUUAGCAUGUAUAUUUUAUUUUAAUACUCAAUGUAAAACAAUCAAUACUUCAUACUCAUAUCCAAUUUCCCAUUUAUAUGUAUACAUGUUUUGUUUUAUUUUAGACUUUAGAGCUAAUACUAGUCAUUCUUAAAUAGCAUCUAGUCACAAUAUUAUGAUAUUAAAAAGAAUAAAUGUUUAAAACAUA